ACAGAGCCGCCGCCGCCGCCGUAGAGCCCCCCGGCCGCCUCCGUCCCCUCCUCGGGCGCCGCGGGCCCGGCCCGGCCCCCCGCCAUCCCGCCCCUCCGACCCAGCAGCGGGACAGGACGCCGGCGAAGUUCCUCACGAUGUCCAGUGAUAGGCAAAGGUCAGACGAUGAAAGUCCAAGUACCAGCAGUGGUAGUUCAGAUGCUGAUCAGAGGGAUCCACCUGCACCUGAACCUGAAGAGCAAGAAGAACGAAAACCCUCUGCCACCCAGCAGAAGAAGAACACCAAACUAUCCAGCAAAACUACUGCUAAGCUAUCUACAAGUGCAAAGAGAAUCCAGAAGGAGCUAGCUGAAAUAACCCUUGAUCCUCCUCCUAACUGCAGUGCCGGUCCUAAAGGAGAUAACAUUUAUGAAUGGAGAUCUACUAUUCUUGGACCUCCAGGUUCUGUAUAUGAAGGAGGUGUUUUUUUCCUGGAUAUCACAUUUUCAUCUGACUAUCCAUUCAAGCCACCAAAGGUUACUUUCCGUACCAGGAUUUAUCACUGCAACAUCAACAGUCAGGGAGUCAUCUGUCUGGACAUCCUGAAAGACAACUGGAGCCCUGCUUUGACUAUUUCAAAGGUUCUUCUGUCUAUUUGUUCUCUUCUGACAGACUGCAACCCAGCUGACCCUCUGGUUGGAAGCAUAGCCACUCAGUACCUGACCAACAGAGCAGAACAUGACAGGAUAGCCAGACAGUGGACCAAGAGAUAUGCAACAUAAAUGACAAACUACUUGUGCAGUGUGAAGGUGCAGAAGGCAACUUUGCAGUGUGCAACAAAUCUUUAUAGCCUUUACAAUACGGACUUCUGUGUAUAUGUUAUACUGAUUCUACUCUGCUUUUAUCCUUUUGAAGACUGGGAUACUGCCCCCCAAAAAAGGUAAAUGCUAUCAAGAGUAGAAGUUUGUAGCUGUAGAUUAGUUAUGUUUAAAAUGCCUACUUGCAAGUCUUGCUUCUUUGGGAUAUCAAAAUGUAUUUUGUGAUGUACUAAGGAUACUGUUCCUGAAGUCAACCAAAUAUUAUAGUGCAUUUUAGCCUAAUUCAUUAUCUGUAUGAAGUUAUUAAAGGUAGCUGUAGAUUACUAGGAAUUAUGUCAUUUGUAUUAAACCCAGAUCUAUUUCCAAUAUGUGGUACAUGCUGUUGUGAAAACUGUUUUAACUUUUACCUUUGUCAGUUUGUAAUGAAAGGAUUUCCUUUUUCCCUUUGUAGCUCAGAGAGCACCCAGUGUAUCAUCUCAAACACAAUAAACAUGUUCCCCAUGGAGUAGUUUCUUUGUUUUCCUAUUUUAAAUUAAUAUUUUAAUAAAUUUAAUUAUAGUAACAAGGCAGGGCCAAUGUAUCACAGAUCCCUGUGGAUUAUCUUUAAAUUAAUAUACAUAAGCAAGGGUUUGCUGUAAAACGUUUAAUGCACACCUGUGGAUUGUUUAAGUUUUCCCUGUUUUGUUUUUAACAGAACAAGUGAAAUUUCUACAAUUUUCUUAAAUUUAGUACUUUUUUCUUAAGUUAAAAUUGCAUUUUAAGCAAAAGAGAGCAUUGCAUAUGCAUGCUCCAGAAGUUAAUGUAGCUGGUUGCUUCAGGGACAGUCCUGCUCUCAGGACAGCCUGUCUCAGUCUUGCUACAAUCUUCUUUUUCAGGACCAGGGCCAAGUUUAGGGAUAGUUUGGUGCUUUUGUUUCUGAGUAAAGCAAGUUGGACUUGCUGAUCUAGAGAACUACAGUUACCCAUUGAAAAAGGUCGUCCAAAGCAUGAUUGAACACUGUAUCGUCUGCCCAGAAAAGAGAUGAAUAUAAUAAAUUUAAUCAGAUUUUUCUGACAUAAAAACAGUUUCGGGGAAAUGAAUCUUUGUAAGUAAAAACAGAAUCUGUAAAACUAUUUUAGACUCCUUUCUCCCCCUUCACUUUCUGACUUGGAAAUUUUGUAACAUCUGUAAGUAACAAAAAUACAGCUUUAUAGUACAUACAGUUUAAAAAGUAGAGUCACUAAUAGUUUUAUAAUUUAAGCUUUUAUAGGUUGCCAGUCACAAUAUUGAUUAUUAAAAAAAAAAAAAGAGACUUGAUUUCUUUAAAUGAUUUUUUAAAUUACACUUAAUUUUAAACUUCACAGUCUCCCUUACUAUCUGGUGUUUUUGGAGGUAAUGUAGCACUUCCAUCAAUAAGAUGCUCUGCUCAAUUAAUAUAUGAAAUCUGAAUGUUAAGUUUAAAUACUAAAGCAA